AUGCGCUCGUUCAUGGACUAUGUCCACAGUGCUUUCUACGAGGCGACCGGGUGGAGGCGCGACAACUCGUAUGCUGCGCUGAAUUCGACAACCGAUGCUCUCUUGAACUUCAGCACUCCUCGAGGUCUACGCCUCUCCCUCUCAGCUCUCGCCAGCUCGAAUUUCGCCACGUCCUACCAAUUGGGCUCAGUCGGCGUGGUUGAUGGCUCCAUCAGCUAUUUGUUCUCCUCUGUUCCUCUCCGAGUCCUCUUGACGCCUCAGUCCGAAAACGUCCCGCUCCCAGAUCUCCUUCGAUCCUACCGCCAUCUAACGCCCGUCGCCCGACGAGAUAACCCUUCACUGAGACCCCCAGACGACACUGACAAGGUCAACGAAUCACUUCUCUACGGCCGGCUCUAUCUCCCGCAGUCGCAGCUAGAGGCCCUGCUGGUACGGCGCUUAUCACCUGCUUUCCAGGCACAAUUCAGCGCUGUGUCGGGCCAACACCUCAGAAAUGGGGGCACGGCUCUGGGAUUAAUCCAGUACGAUGUCGGAAGAUACGCACUUGAAGGAUUGGCUUCUACGGACGGCGGAUUGCUUGGCUUUAGAGGAGUUUAUAACUUUGGAGGAGACUUGAGCAGCAAGAGACAUACUUCGUCCACUGCGGAGAAUGGCAAUGGCCAGGGGAGUAGCAAUGGAGACAAGGAGAGGAUAUACGGGCGCUUCAGCACCGGAGGGGAAAUUUACUACGGCACGCUCAACAAGUCUGGAGGCAUCAGCAUAGGGGCGAGAUUCGCGACGUUACCGGACCACAAGGGAACGCCAUUGUCCGCCACGCUCACGAUGAACCCUCUCAUGGGCAACAUUGCAGCUAGCUAUGCGGUCAUGGCUGGAAGAGACUGCAGUCUUGCAACGCGAAUGGAAUUUAACAUCUUCAGCUAUGAGAGCUCAUGGGCUGUAGGCAUGGAGCUGUGGAGGAAACCAUUUGCACGAACCGCUGCAGAAGCAGACAAUACUCUUGCAGAUACUGCCGCUGCGAAGAAAACAGCUCAAAAGCUACACUUUGCUGCCAAAACAGCCACCAUUCAACCUGAUGGAAAGGUAAUCGAUUUGAAAGAUUCGACGGAAGCUGCGCCAACGCCAAGUCCUAUACCAUUACCAGCCGAACGCAGUUUCAACGCAAAACUAGAGUGGAGGCUGGAUGAGCCAGAAAAGCCAGCAGAAAAAUUGGCGGAAAAGAAGGCAGCACCGAAAGCAAAUGGAGGCAGCGCUAGCGUCAAGUUCAAAACGAGGAAGACGACACUCCCGAAAGCAGUGCAACCUGUUAAGAAGGUAGAAACAGAAGUUGUGGAGGAAACUGAGGAGAAAGAGGAGUAUGCCGGCGUGGUGAAAGCGAGGCUGGACCAGAACCUCCGACUUGGAGUGCUGUGGGAAGGACGGGUGAAAUCGCUGCUGUUUAGCCUCGGCAGUGGCAUUGACCUGAGGAUGAUGAACAAGCCGUUUCGAACUCUGGAAUCCCUCAACUCGCUAGACUGCAUGGGUCACCAGCCCCGGAGGCGGCCACCCGCAUGCUCGCUUUGCCGGAUCCGAAAGCUGCGCUGCAACCGCCAAUCGCCAUGUUCCAACUGCUCGAUCCGCGGGAUUCCUUGUCACCGCGAUAGUCCUCGUGGUGGGCCAAGACUGCUCCCCGGCAAUGGAUCGCAAGAAGCGCUCGAUCGGAACCACUUGGCGCCGUCCUCACUGGCCUCGACUCAGCUGCAGCUCAUCUCGGCGGAUGUACUUGAUAUCCAGAAUAACUGCGCUAACCAGAAAUUACUAGAUUCGUUGGCGCCGAGCCCAUUCACUCUCCGCACUCGUUCUAUUCGCACCAUCACCAAGCCGUCUUAUUUUAUCCAGCAUCCCGAUACAUCGCCGGAAUCUUUGCCUGAAGAAGUGAGAGUCAUUAAAUGCAUAUGUCUCCCUUUACGAGAGGAUGCUCACGUCCUGUUGGAGAAAUUCAUCGACGACGUGCUUCACUUUCACCACAUCUUUCAUACGCCUUCUCUACCAUCAACAAUUGAUCAAUUCUAUGAUGCCGUGGAACAGGAUGAGGAUGUUGACUUGGGCCAGUUGAUGCUUAUUCUGGCAAUAUGCUGCAGCACUACCCACACAUGGACUCGUUAUGACGACGCCAAAGGCCUAUUUGACUGCGCAGAAGACGCAAACUCACAGACUUCGGGGUGGCUCAAGACAGCCUUGGACAUUAUUCACCAUGCUCAUGUAGCUGCACAUGCAUCGUUGACUUGCAUACAAGGCAUCAUGGUGGUAUUUUUCAUGAUAUGCAGCUUAGAAGGCAUCUCGCCGCGGGCUCGAGUGCUUCACACCCAAGCAGUUGCAAUGGCCCAAACGAUUGGGCUGCAUGUCAUUGACUCUCCAAACGCCGCUAUUCAUAUAGAUUGGCUCAAUGAUUCUCAUGUCUUAGCGGAAGUUGGACGCAGGACAUGGUGGAACCUCACAGACACAGACUGGAUGAUUUCAAGAUUGUCAGUCCCUCAGGGGGGUUCAUAUAUAAUUCAAGCGAGCCAGAUGGCGGUACGACGGCCUUGUAAUGCAAACGACGAGGAUAUUGUCGACGGACAAGAAAUUGUUGAUCGCCCACUCGAGGAAGCAACAUCCGUCUCCUAUCUUCUCGAACGCCAACGUCUUGCAGUGCUGUUCUAUAAUCUCGGAGACUUUGACAAGCCCAUCAAUUCUACGUCGGAAGAAGCAGAGUACCUAAAAGUCAUGGAAGUAGACAUGAAGUUGCGGCAGUUUAUGAGGGAACUGCCCUCCUUUUUCCGCCUUGAAAACAGCGACUACGUUUCCAAAAAGCCCAACCGGGAUACUCGGCAGUCAUCUAACAUCACUACUCAAAGAUAUUUACUCAAUAUGAUAUUCUACGGCCAAAUCUGCAAGCUUCACUUACCGUACAUGGCGCGAGGCACAGUUAACCCCGGAUUUGCAUAUUCCCACGACUCGUGCUUAAAAGCAGCCCAGCAAAUCAUCUACAUAGAACACCAGAUGAGGGCCGAGCCUUCAACAUUCAUCUUAUUCCGCCAGCGCAUGAACAUCAAGUUUCGCAGCAUCUUCAUUGCAUGCGUAGUCUUUGUUCUAGAUGAAUGCCUAGCCAAUAGCGCCGAGGGCAGGACAAUGGAAGCCGAUGCAACAAUGGCUGACGCAUGGAAGAUUCUGCACGAAGCGGAGGGGCAAUCGCCGAUGGCAUCCGAGCUGCUGCAGCUCUCGGUGGAAAUUCUGAAAAAGUAUAAAGCGACGCAUCCUGCUUUGGAGAUGAUGACGGAGCAUCUUAGCGAGAAAACUUCAUCGUUGAUAGAAGAGAGUUUAAUUGAUGUGGAAGAUGCCGAGAGCAGCAACACACGGGAUGAGACGGAGCUCAUGGGAGGAAUAGAAAUGGACGAUGCUGGCUUAGAGAAGCUUUGGCUGGCGCUGCAAGGGCGUGGCAGAGAAUGGAGCGAUCUGUUUUAUGGAUUCGGUCCUUUCCAUGUAUAA